AUGGCGCAUGGUGCAGACUCCUCCACUGCCUGCGAGCCGCGGCUGCAGGUGGAAAAUGCAGUUAAAAGUGCUCUGUUUAUUGUGGCUCAGUUUGAGGCGCGUAAAUGGAGGAUGUGCAGUAGACUUCUGCGCAGCCACAGCCUCAGAAACACGCGCACUGCAUCACGGUACUUCCUUUCACUCCGAGGCCAUAUUGGAGUUAACUCACAGUUUGGCCGUAAAGGACUAAACUCACAAAAUGGUGGCCGCAAAGAAGACGAAAAAGUCCCUGGAGUCCAUCAACUCCCGGCUCCAGCUGGUGAUGAAGAGUGGCAAGGCAAAGCCAAGCUGGUCAUCCUGGCCAACAACUGUCCGGCUCUCAGGAAAUCUGAGAUUGAGUAUUACGCCAUGUUGGCAAAGACUGGUGUGCACCACUACAGCGGCAACAACAUUGAGCUGGGCACAGCCUGUGGAAAGUACUACAGGGUCUGCACGCUGGCCAUCAUUGAUCCCGGCGAUUCAGACAUCAUCAGGAGCAUGCCCGACCAGCAGCCACAGCCCCAGUAA